AUGGCUAGAUGGAUUAACAACAGCACAGCUUUAAUGACAGGAGUCAUUACUGUCACUACUUUUAUGCCAUAUUCGACGAUUUUGGAAGAAGACACCACUCAAACUACCAAUCGUCAAGCAUCUGAUGCAGCCGCAGUUCCUUGGGUCUGGUUACCCAUGGAGUGGCCCUGGUGGGUGAUUGCUCAACUGUUCUCUGCCAUACUCGGAAUCUGUGGAAACCUUCUGGUGAUGCUGGUGUUGUUCAACAAACGUAGGGCCCGCCGGUCAACUGAUACUCUGAUCGGAGCCUUGGCUUUCGCUGACUUCUUGACCUCUGUAUUCCUCAUACCACAUCCGCAGAUCGCUACUCUACCAAGUGAUACUUGGCUGGCUCAGGUCUACUGUCGUAUCAUUCAUACAUCUCUAAUCAUGUGGGUAGCCGUUGUGGCUUCCGUCUUUACACUAACUGCCAUCUCCCUGGAACGUUACCUCGCCAUCGCACAUCCUUUCUUCUUCUUAAGAAAUGUAAAUUCUGCUCGCACAUCCAUGUGCAUCUUCAUUAUAUGGGUCGCUGCAAUUGCAACGAAUAGCUACCAGGUUGUUGUAGGGUAUGCAGCUGGGAAUACUUGUGUCAUUAUGUUUACAUCUGAGAGAGCUCAAUUCGUGCUUGGUCUUUAUGUUCUCCCGAUUAUUGUAAUGAUCUUAGCACAGAUCAUGACAGCAGUUUUCCUUCACCGGCAAUCACUUCAAUUCCAGGAGGGUAACUCUAACAACGAUCGAUCAAAUGCUAACAUGAACCAUAUCGUCGCUAGGAAACGCGUCAUUCAGAUGCUUUUCCUGGUCACGACGGUGUUUGUCCUCUGCUGGGGACCGGAUCAAAUCUUCUUUCUGAUGCUUAAUCUUAGUCUUCUACAUAUUUCGUUUGUAUAUGGUCUUGUUCAUCGGUCCCUCGUCGUUCUCGCGUUUGUCAACUCCUGUGCGAAUAUUUUCAUAUAUACCAUUCGUUAUCCUCAAUUUCGUCAGGCCAUGUGCGAUAUGUUUCGGAGUGAUUCAAAAUCAAGAGCUACACUCUUUGGAGAAGUCAAAGCUCCAAGGAAGUCCACAAGAUCUUCAUUCAAUGUUUGA